AUGGCGGACAGAGAGAAGAGGAAAGCCACCCCGCCGUCUGGCCGCAACGUCCAGGUGAAGUCCCCGGCCAGCUUCAGGUUGACCCAUGACAUCAGCCUGGAUGAAUUUGAAGAUGACGACCUCUCCGAAAUCACAGAGAUCACAGAUGAGCGCGGGAUGAGCCUCAAUUGCAAUGGCCCAGAUAUAAAGGGCCGUGUGAGGCGAGGAACCAAUAGCAUGUCGGGGAAGGCGGAGCUAGGAGCAGUCGGCCAGCUUCAGGCAGAGAUGCUGCAUUUGGACCUCAUCGAUGGUGCUGACGGUUACCGCGGUGACAAAGAGUCCUCGAAGGCGCCUGCAAUUUCAACUCCUCCAGUUACCAAGGACCCCGCAGCACCUGUUACCAUGGAUACUUAUCGGCCCAAGAGACCCACGACCCUUAACCUCUUCCCAAUUGUGCCACGCACACAGGACACAUUAAACAACAACUCCCUUGGUAAGAAAUACAGCUGGCAGGAAAAGGUUUCGGGCUCAUCCUCGCCUCUUAAAACAGGUGACCUCACCCCUCCACGUGAGCACAGCUGUCUAAGUGACGAGGACAAGGUGCAUGGUGGGGGAGCGCAGACCAAAGACCGCGGGACCUCCACUGAUGCCCCCUGCAGACACAGUCACACCUCGGGACACUCGCACGGCUCGGCUACAGGCGCUGGGACACGUUCCAAGAUUCAGGAGAAGCCGCCUGCGCCACCACCACCACAGAACUAUACACCAGCUCCUCUAUACCCUUCAGGGAAGGCGGAUGGCAGCGGGCACCACAGGGAGAGGAUUAGAUACCACACAGACAUUCACAUAGAGCCCACAGAGGAGAUCUAUCUGACUCCUGUGCAGCGCUCCGCUGAUCCCCUGGAACCCACCAGCGUGCAGGACCGGCCUUUCCUCUCGCAGCAGACUGAGCAGGGCCGCAUGUCCAUUAGCUCUGACACAGAGGGUCCACCUCCUUAUCAGCCCCUCCCAGACCGGACCAACCCCUCCAUCUAUGAGGAGGACGAGAUCUACAUCCCCCCACCUUCAUAUGCUUCCUGUGUAGAGUCUCUCAUCACGCCACCUAGCAUGGCUGUCUCAGCUCACCCCUCCCAUGCACUGGACCUCAGCCUAAAGGGGUCAGGUACAGGGGCCGGGGCCAUGCUGAGGGCUGGGUCAUCAGUUGAAUAUGUUGAUGCCACAGAUGAAAGCUACUGUGGGGAGGAUGAGGAUGUGGACAGGAUAAUAAUGGAUGGAAAGAUGAGAAAGGGAGGAGGAAAGGGAGACAGUGGCGGCAGCAGAACCUACCCACAGAGGACUUCCAUGAGCUCAGAGGCCAGCGGCCUAACAUAUGACUCAGUUAAAUACACUUUGGUGGUAGAUGAGCACGCUCAGCUUGAGUUAGUCAGUCUCCGGCAGUGUUAUCAAGGGUACAGCGAUGACAGCGACUCGGCCACCGUCUAUGACAACUGCGUCUCCUCUCCAUACGAGUCAGCAAUCGGAGAGGAGUAUGAGGAAGAGGAAGAGGAGCAUGACACUCGGAUAGGAGGAGUGCGUAGAGAGGCCACAGCAUGCCUCUCUGAAGAUUCUACUCCAGAGGCGGACCUCCACUUCUCCAAGAAGUUCCUGAAUGUCUUCAUGAAUGGCCGCUCUCGCUCCUCCAGUGCAGAAUCCUUUGGUUUAUAUUCCUGUGUCAUAAAUGGUGAAGAGAAGGAUCAGAGCCACAGAGCAGUUUAUAGGUUUGUCCCUCGCCACGAAGAUGAGUUGGAGCUGGAGGUGGAUGACCCAUUGCUGGUGGAGGUUCAGGCAGAAGAUUACUGGUAUGAGGGCUACAACAUGCGAACUGGUGCCCGUGGGAUCUUCCCAGCCUACUACGCUAUAGAGGUGACCAAGGACACGGAGAGCUACAAAGUGAAGAGCAGUGAAUGGAUGGACAGAUACCGCCUAAAGUUUCUGGGUUCAGUUCAAGUGCCCUACCACAAAGGAAAUGAUGUUUUGUGUGCAGCUAUGCAGAAGAUUGCCACCAACCGAAGGAUGACAGUCAAGUAUAACCCGCCUUCCUCCUGCAUCCUGGAGAUCAGUGUGAAGGGCAUCAAGCUUUCAGUUCAAGAGGACUAUUAUGCCUGUGACAGAAGUAACGAGUGUAGUCACUUCUUCCAGUUAAAGAACGUCUCCUUCUGUGGCUACCACCCAAAAAACAGCAAGUAUUUUGGCUUCAUUACGAAGCACCCGGCAGACCAGAGAUUUGCCUGCCACGUGUUUGUGUCUGAAAACUCUACCAAACCUCUUGCAGAGUCAGUAGGGAAAGCCUUCCAGCUGUACUAUAAAGAGUUUGUGGAGUUCUCGUGCCCUACAGAGGACAUCUACCUGGAAUAGACCUGCCUUUAACCACGACCCUGUAAAGUACACUGUAUCAUAACAUAAUGUUGCAUGAAGGACAGAGAUACAUUAAUUUGGGGAAAAAAUAAAACAUUAACCCAUAUGACAAACAAACAAGAAAAGAAGGUCCGAGUGUUGGAAGUGUGGUGAAAACUCUGGGCAGCAACCAGACACAAAGUUGGACAAAAAAAGGAGUGUCCUGAGAAAUGAAAAUAUGCAAACGGGCAGCUGGUGAGACAAUGGAAAGCACAACUUUGUAACUCUGCAGGUUUGGCGACACUGGUGAGCCUGUAGCAAAGAUAGAAAGCUGAUAAACAGACACUGUGGAAUGCACCACUCUGUACGCUCGAGAGAAGAAGCAGCAUUUGUGAUGUGGAAGUGAACAAGCGAGUGACGGUUGUUUGCUAUGUUUUGAAAUACUGUAUCCAGGUUGUGUCCAUGAGGGAGGUGUGUAUUUACUAAACUGAAAAAUUAUACUAAGCAAAAUGAAAAUCCAUGUAGGAACAGUGAAUUUUAUCCUUAUAUCACACCUAAUCUGAAGAUAUGUCCACAUUAAAAUGAAUAAAUAAAUAAUCCACCCCGAAGCAGUGUUGUAAAAUCAUCAGCUGCAGACUCAAGUGAUGCGCUCUGCAUUUUUGAGUUCUUUCUGCAUUUUUUACGCUUGUCGUUAAAAUCCAGGCACAGCUGUCGGUGCUGCGGGUUCAAAGUACAGCGCAAAGGCAAAAGAGCAGCACUGGUUUGUUCUGCCAUUGAUCCGUGUGGGCCAGGUAAUAAAGGAAAGACUGCAUAUUUAAAGUUAACCGGGAAGUCUUUUAGCUGAAUAAAAGUAAAAAUGCCAAAUAUUAAGUGGUUUCAGCUUCAUUUAACUCAUAUUCCCUCUUUCCACCAAGGUGAGCCAGGUGCUGGUUCUACUGGCAGUGUGGAGUUGGACCUCCAAAAAAUUUGUUUUCCUUUUUCAUGGGCCACUAGAGUCUCAUUUGUCUCUCACAUUGAACACUACUAGAAAACCAAUAAGGGGAUUUUCUUUUCAAUAUUGCCAGUUUGCACAGGUUUCCCAUCCAUACUGACACUUUUCUUUGGAUUGGUCAAAUUAUACACCAGUUUUAUGUUUUGUUUUGUUUUUUAAUAAUGGCAGUAACAAAACCUUACUUUGUCUUCUUGGUCACGGUAAUCAUUCCCAGCCCGUUUUUGUAAGUGUGCCGUAGUUGGAGAGCAUCAAAGGGCUGCUUUGAAUUUGGCUGCUGAUUGGGUCUGUCUGCAAACAGGUCCUCAAACUGCCUCGGUGAAAAAGGCACAAUAAAGAACUCCUUAAUUGCACUGUGCAUCAUUUGUCCAUGCUGAGAAACAGUGCAGGGGUGCACAAGUGUGGUCUUUCCUUUCAUCGAGUUGUUGGUGCUGUAGUGCACAGCUGUACAGCUCUGUCCAUGUGCCCAGUGACGCCUUAGUAAUUCCUAGUCUAAUGUCAGAUAUGCAUUGCUUCUUUACCGUGUGUUCUAAUUAGGUGUGAAAUUAGUGAUAAAGGACAAAAAAACAUCUCAGUUAGGCUGUUUGCAUCUCCUUCACAUGAUGUUUUAGAAACUUGCUCCUCAUAGUUUCCACUUCCAGAAUAUUAUGCGCUCUCAGAGUACUAGAGACAGUGAUCCUUGGUGCAGCAGGUACAGGUGCUAAUGAGGGAGCAAAAACCAAACGCUGGUGUCUUCAGAUCUUCACUAGUAGUGCCUCUUUUUCAUCAGAUCAUUGUAACCUUUUUCAGUCGACAUUAUCACAAUAUUUUACAGGAUUGCCAUUGAGUGUGUGUUGAGCUUAAGAGUUUGAAUGCAAAUUGAUUGUAGGAUUGCUUUGCUGUGAUUUACACUUUAUUCCACUGCAGAUGCUGUACUGUACCUGUGCUGCUAAUGUUCAGUUUCUCCUCUAUCCAUCCUUUUUCUACUUGUCCGUGGGUGGGGGCAGCAGUCUAAACAGAGAUGCCCAGCGGUAGGCUAGCCUUGAAACGUAGUCUCUCCAGGCCAUCCUCAAACAGUGAACUCAAACAGCACAUUUCAGUGCAAAGUAGCAGCUCUAUUUUUCACUCCAGUCAAAUGACUGAUCUCCUCACCCCAUGUCUACAGUUGAGCUUAGACAGCCUUUGGAGUAAGCUCAUUUCUAACACUCCUAUCAGUGAUCAUCUUUCAGCUCAUGGCCACAGAUGAUGAUUGAACUGUAAAUCAGCAGCUUUGUCUUCAAACUCAACUCUCUGUUGACCACAACAGGACGAUCAGUGUUUCCGAAAUAAUUUCAAAUUGUACAGAAUGCAUCUUUUAGCCUAAAUAAGAAGUAAAACAAACAAUAAGAAUGGGCAAAAGACACUUUCUCAAUAUGCCUGUGAUAUCCAUAGGAAUGCAUAACACUUAGGAAAUUGUGAAUUUUAAACUUGGAGAUGGAGUUAUGAUCAUUAGCUGGUGGCUAACAUUUCCCAAGCCUUUGUAGCUGUAGACAAUAAAACUGUGGACUUCAGAGUUGGGGCUUGAUUGAGACCUUAGUCACAAUAUAAAGAAAAAAAAAAAGAAACUCUGACUUAAGUGCUAUGAAAGCCUGUUAACACCCUGUUUCUGAUUUUGUGAAACCUUAGA